AUGUCCCUCCCCGCCUGGCCCCCCAACCUCACAGAGCACCAGCUCGCAGCCCUCACCACCCACGCCACCACCUGGGCCCUCUCCCACGGCUUCGUCCUCCUCCCCCCCAGCCCCACCACCCCGCCCACAGCCACCAUCUCUGCCCCCCUCUCGCUCCUGCCCACCCCGUUCCCCCGCCAGCUCUUCGACCUCGCCGUCUCCCUCCAGCCCCUCUACAAUGCUCUCUAUGCUAGGAUUGCGUUGGACUGGGGGUUUUUGGACAGGGUGAUGGGCGGCUCGGUCAGCAAGGUCGAUGAUUUCCAGGGCGAGCUUUGGAGGGGGUGGAAGGCUGUGAGAGACGAGCUCGUGCAGGAAAAGCAGCUGGGAAUCUUUAGGAGUGACUAUCUCUUGCAUGAAGAAGGGGAGGGACUGGGUAUCAAGCAGGUCGAGUUCAACACUAUCGCAGCGAGUUUCGGCGCGCUCAGUCAGAAGGCAGGAGAAUUGCACAAGUACCUUGCAAAGAGCUCCAAGCAGUACUACAACAUCUCCUCUCAUCUUUCCUCCCCCGAAAACUUUCCUCAGAACGAGCCUCUCAAGCACCUUGCUGCCGGUCUGGCCGCCGGCUGGAAAGCUUUCGGUGACGACGAGGCUGUUGUACUCUUUGUGGUGCAAGAUGGCGAGAGGAAUGUCUUUGAUCAACGCUGGUUAGAAUACGAGCUUUUGGAGACCCACGGCAUCCACUCUACCCGCCAGACCUUCUCCCAGCUCGCCUCCCUCUCUUCCACCUCCUCCUCUUCUACCGACCUCAUCCUUCCAGGCCCUCCUUCCCAGCGAGUCGCAGUCAUCUACUACCGCUCCGCCUACACCCCCACCGACUACCCCUCCUCCGCCGAAUGGUCAACCCGUGUCUUUUUGGAAAAGACCAGCGCUAUCAAAUGUCCCUCUAUGGCGCUCCAGCUCGCUGGCGCCAAAAAGAUUCAACAAGUCCUCACCGAGGAAGGUGUCCUCGAAGACUUUUUGCUCGGGGAAGGCCGGCCGGAUGUUGGCUUUGGCUCAGGCAAAGGUAGUGUGACGCAAGCAGAUGUGGACAAUCUGCGUAAAACGUGGAUAGGUCUCUACCCCAUGGACUCUUCUCCCCUCGGCCAAACUGCGCUGUCCCUCGCGCUCUCCCAGCCUGAGCGAUACGUGCUCAAGCCCCAACGCGAAGGCGGCGGCAACAACAUCUACCGUACCGAUAUCCCACCCUUCCUCCAAUCCCUCUCUGCCACCCCUGUCAAAGAAGGCGAACCAGAGAGGAAAGAAGGGUACGUAUUGAUGGAGCUGAUAGAGCCGCCGAAGGGGGUGGAGAAUUGGUUGGUGAGGGGAGGGGAUGUGAAGCCCAGGAGGGCGGAUGUGGUGAGCGAGCUGGGCGUUUAUGGGGUGGCGUUGUUUGGAGGGAAUGCGACGGCGGUCAAUGAAGGUGCUGGGACGUUGUUAAGGACCAAGGGUAGGGAGAGUGACGAGGGAGGUGUUGCUAUUGGAAUCUCGUCUAUCGACAGUCCUUUGCUUGUCUAG